GCAAAAAUAGCAAUUGGAAGUAGCGCUGUUUACAAAAAAGAAAGAAAGGGUGACCAUCUUCUCUGUAGUCUGUUCAGACACAAAAAGCAGAGUAGACAGCUCAACUACAACUUGUAGAGAAACAGAGUUGAAGGUAAGAUGAGGAGCUUUUGGUGGUCUUUAAUGGUCUUAUUCCUAUUGGGUUUCUCCAAUGGAGAAAGUCCAUAUAGAUUCUAUACUUGGAAUGUUACUUAUGGUGAUAUCUAUCCUCUUGGUGUCAAGCAACAGGGGAUAUUGAUAAAUGGGCAAUUUCCAGGACCCCCAAUUGAGUGUGUCACCAAUGACAAUGUGAUUGUCAGUGUUUUCAAUAAUCUGACUGAACCAUUUCUCUUGUCCUGGAAUGGAAUUCAACAGAGGAGGAACUCAUGGCAAGAUGGAGUUUAUGGGACUAACUGUCCAAUCCCACCAGGCCAGAAUUUCACAUAUGUCCUACAAGUUAAGGACCAGAUUGGCAGUUUCUUCUAUUUCCCAUCACUCGCUAUGCACAGAGCUGCUGGAGGUUAUGGUGGCAUUAAAAUAGAUAGUCGUCCGUUGAUUCCUGUUCCUUUCCCUCCACCUGCUGGUGAAUACACCAUAUUGGUUGGUGACUGGUUCAAGCAAAAUCACACUGAUCUUAAGGCAAUUUUAGAUGGAGGAAGUGAUCUUCCCUUCCCUGACGGCCUUCUAAUGAACGGCCGUGGGUCCAAUGGUUUAACUUUCACAGUUAAUCAAGGCAGGACUUACAGAUUCAGGAUUUCCAAUGUUGGCCUCACAACAGCAAUAAAUUUUAGAAUUCAGGGGCACAAGAUGGUCUUAGUUGAAGCAGAAGGGACUCACACCCUACAAAACACCUACGAGUCGCUUGAUAUCCAUUUGGGUCAGUCCUAUUCUGUAUUGGUCACAAUGGACCAACCGGGACAGGACUAUUACAUUGUCGCCUCAACACGGUUCACUUCACCAGUACUAACAACGACAUCAAUUCUUCACUAUAGCAACUCAGCAGGAAGUGUUUCUGGGCCUGCCCCAGGUGGACCAACAAUUGAGAUUGAUUGGUCUCUCAAUCAGGCUCGGUCUGUUAGGCAAAAUUUGUCAGCAAGUGGUCCAAGGCCAAAUCCGCAAGGUUCUUAUCACUAUGGGUUGGUUAACACCACGCGAACAAUUAGAUUGGCAAGUUCUGCUCCAGUGAUCAAUGGUAAACAGAGGUUUGCUGUCAACAGUGUGUCGUUCAUUCCAGCAGACACACCACUCAAACUUGCAGACUACUUCAACAUUCCCGGGGUAUUCAACCUUGGCAGCAUCCCGGAUAACCCUACUGGAGGUGGUGGUUACCUCCAGACUUCUGUCAUGGCUGCUGAUUUUAGAGCCUAUGUCGAAGUUGUGUUCGAGAAUCCAGAAGACAUUGUGCAGUCAUGGCACAUUGAUGGGCAUAUCUUCUUUGUUGUAGGGAUGGAUGGUGGACAAUGGUCACCUGCAAGCAGAUCGAACUACAACUUGAGAGAUGGAAUUUCGCGUUGCACAAUUCAGGUAUAUCCAAAGUCAUGGACAGCCCUAUACAUGCCAUUGGACAAUGUGGGAAUGUGGAACAUCAGAUCAGAAAACUGGGCUCGCCAGUACUUAGGCCAGCAAUUCUACCUUCGUGUUUAUUCGCCAGCCAAUUCAUGGAGAGAUGAGUAUCCAAUUCCAAAGGGUGCUCUUCUCUGUGGCCGAGCAGCAGGUCGGAGUACUCGCCCACUCUAAUUAAGGAAUGAACCAUCAGCUUAACAGUCACGAAAGGGUGACUGGUCUUAUUUGUUAGUAUGAGAGCUGUGACAAACAAUUCUAAAGGGGAAGUAGCAGAAUCUGCUCUUUUUGAGCACUUCGUUUUUCUUUCUUGCCCAUUUAGAAUGUUAUCUUAUUCCAUUUUAGGAUUACUUUUGAGAUUCUUGAUUGCGGCAUGAGAGGAAAAGUAAUGUGUAUUCCUCCAAGUUCAUUUUGUGCAACUCAAUUCAUGAAGUUGCUUCCAUUUAUUCAUCCAUUCUUGAUUA